AUGGACUCGUACACUCCCUUGCUGGAGAAAACCCGGGUUCCUCAACCGUCGCUCCAAAAAUACGCCGUAAUCUCAAUCUUCUUGAAGCUCCGAUCUGCCCCGAAGUAUUUGGACUCCGAGUCCGAACCCGGAAGAGAAGCCAUUUCUCAGUGCCUCCACUCCACCUCCCCAGCUGUUGUUGACCAAUCGGUUCGCGAGCUAUGCAGCCUCGUGACGGACUCCAAAAUAGAUAUCUCUCGCGGGUUACUGGAGCUCCAGUCCGCACUCGAAGGAUCCGGCCCGAAGUUCGUCGACCUUUUCGUCAAAGGUUUGGGGUAUCUAGUUCGGUUAGGGUUUCAGAGGAGCAAUGGCAAGUGGUCGUUCAGUGCCACGGAGACUCACCCCUUUGUUAAGGUUCUGUCAUGCCGACCCGACGCUGAGUCUGAACUUGUGCAGCAAGUUUUAUUGUUUAUGGCACAUAAUAAGCAGUUGGGAAUGGUGGAAGUAUGUGAAUUCUUAAGAUCCUUCUUAAAUUAUUCAAUCUUAAGGGUACCUUUUUCGGACACUUCAUCCCUGUUCGCAAGGCAUCUAAUAUCAUCGAUGGCCUCUCUUUGUUGUUCAAUUCCUCUUGAGGCAAUGCCUGUCCUUAAAAUGUUAACAGACUGUCUUCCAUUUGUUCCGCACAAGAAUUCACAAGAUUUUAGGAAUUUCAUAUAUUUUGCGGAAUGUAUGGUGGAUGCAUAUACAGUGGUUCUGAGGCAUUUGGCUGGAACUGGAUCGCUGAUUGCUGAGGCUCAUCUCUGUGGUUUGGAACUGUUUGAGAAAAUUCUUUCAAUUUCUUCAGCUGCUCACAUGCACUCUGGUUUGAUUGAGCCCAUACUUGAACUGUCCAAGCACUUAUUGUUUGCCCAGAAAGAUAUUGGGUUGCAUUAUGUGCCUAAAUUAUCAUCAGCUAUGCUUACCUUAUUUAUUAUCCUCGUUCAGUCAGAGCUUGAGCAUGAACAACUUUCUACAUUGAAACUUCUCCACCUUCUCUUGAAGUGGAAGUACGGAAAUGAAUAUGUUGUUGACAGAACAGCAUGUGUUCUGAGUGAGGAGCUUUUAUUCAUAUUUCCUGUCAUUAGCCUACUGUCGUCUCCUUCUAAGUAUGUCAAAGGAGCAGCUACAGAUUUGCUUGCCAUGUUAGAAAAGCUCUUAGUAACAGUUUUGAUAGCACCAACGCAUAAACCAAGCAAAGAAGCAGGAUAUCCAUCCCUAAGCACACCUGGAUCUAUUGUUUUUAGAAUCUUACGGCAUCUAUGGUUUCAGGAUCCUUAUUCAUCGUCCAGUUUCUUCUUAAAUUUUGCUUCUAGUGGUAAAACUGAUGGCAAAGAGAUUCAUGACGUAUCAAGAUCUUGGGCUUCUGAACUACGAGAGUACACUUUAUGGAUUGUUGAGAGACGAAAGUCCUCCCUACCUCUGUCUCAGCCUCAAGAAAGAUUCAUAACUGGAAUGCCCUUGUUACUCUGUGCCAUUUCUGGUGUUUUAGUGAUGCAUCAGUCACUGGGGAGCACUGCUCUAGAGUCUUUGGCUGCUAUUGCUACUAUGGAUCCUAAAGUGGGAGCUCAACUAUUGCUGGCUAUCCUAUUUUACAAUAACAUGUUCACUAGAAAAGAUAUAAGUUGCUGUACUAUGUUGCCAAAACUUUUGACAAUGCUUCCAGCUCUUGCUUCACACUCUAUGAUGAUUCCUCUUGUAGUUCAGACUAUCUUACCAAUGCUUCAGAAGGAUGCCAAACCAACUUUAUAUGCGACAGCCAUUCGUUUACUUUGUCAGACGUGGGAGACCAAUGACCGUGCCUUUGGAAGUUUGCAGGGAGUGUUGCUUCCAAAGGGGUUCACUGAAUUAAAGUCUGAGAGAAAUAUAUGCAUCAGUAUGGCCGCAUCAAUUCGGGAUGUUUGUAGAAAAAAUCCUGAUAGGGGUGUGGACCUCAUCUUGUCUGUUUCGUCUUGCAUUGAGAACAAAGAUCCUGUAAUUCAAGCUCUUGGUUUUCAAAGUCUUGCCCAUCUAUGUGAAGCUGACGUAAUUGAUUUUUAUACAGCCUGGGAUGUCAUCGCCAAGCAUGUUCUGGAUUAUCGUGAAGACACAAUUCUUGCUCAUAGCAUUUGCCUUCUUCUGAGGUGGGGUGCAAUUGAUGCUGAAGCAUAUCCUGAAGCCUCAAAGAAUGUCUUGCAAAUCUUGUGGAGUGUUAGCAUCUCUGGUCACCCUGGUCUGGAGUCACAAUGGGCCAAGGCAAGGGCCUCUUCCUUAGAGGCCUUAGCCCAAUAUGAGAUAUCACAUAUUGAACAGAACAUUCAAGAUUUCAAGAAAAUGACCACAGAGUUGCUUUUCUCUGAAACAAAUAUUACUGUACUGAGGGCCAUGGAAGAACUUCAAGUCAAGAUCAUAACAUAUGAGCACCUCACAAGGCGAAGAUUGGUUAAAGAGAAAAGGGUUUCAGGAAGUAAGAUCGAGAAGCUGCUGGAUGUGUUUCCUCAGGUGAUCUUUUCUUCAGGGAAAAGAAGUGACACUAGAGAGUUACCUGGUGCGGCCCUGCUAUGUCUUUCUUUCACUCCUAAAGAUAUAAACACCUUAGGGACAUCAAAGCUUCAUCUCUUCAGCUCUCAAGAAAUAUUUUAUUGCCCUUAUUCACUGCAAUCAUGGAAGUCCUUUGUGCGGCGUUGGGUGAGGGCAGAUGUCUUGUCCUUUGAUGCUAAAGUGCCAUCUGUCCUCGUGGAUAAAACCGCUAAAGCUGCUAGUGACAUUCUGAAGAGUAUGAUAAAAGCAGCUGAAGAGGCUAUUCCUAGAUCUGCUGAAAACAUUGCACUAGCUAUUGGUGCACUUUGUGUGCAUGAACAUGAACACCGCAAAUGGUCUGCUGCGAUUUCUCUUGGAUUGAUCUCAAGUUGCCUACAUGUAACAGAUCAUAAGCAAAAGUUUGAGAAUAUCACUGGACUUGUUGAGGUUAUGUGUAGUAGCAAUAGCACCCUUGUCAGAGGAGCCUGUGGGCUUGCCUUGGGUUUUUCUUGUCAAGAUCUUCUUACCAGGGUUGAUGCUGGUGAUAAUUCUGCCAUGGACAAAGAAACAGGCAAGAUGACGGAAGCAGACUGCUUGGUUGAUCAUAUGAAUAUAACUGCUGAACUGUCACAUGAGAACUCUGAUGACUCUCUCGAAGAUAUAUGGGGUGUUGCUGGACUUGUUCUGGUUUGGCGAGUUCUGUUGGUGCACUGUACAGAGCUGGGGCACAUGAUGCUCUUACUUAUGGCAUCUUGUAUAGGAGCAGGAAGCCUCAUAGCCUGCAUACUGAAUGGAGGAUUGCAUUCUCUUGAAGUUGAACAUGUAAAAGGUCUACUGGAACUGUUCAGAAAAUGUUAUUCGAAUCCUUGCCCUCCUUUAGUCCAUUUGAGUGGAAUGCUUGGAGUUGUUAAUGCUAUGGGAGCAGGUGCUGGGAUCCUGGUUGACAUGCAUCUUCCAACCUCAAUGCAGACAGCUUAUGAACACAAGGAAUCUCGAUAUCUCAUGGGCCCUCUACUUUCUAGUCCUACUUGCGAGCAGCAUUUGACGUCGUUGAUGCAGGAUAUAUUUCUGGUUGCACAGAAUUCUGAUGACCAUCAAUUGCAACAAUAUGCUGCAUGGGCAGUUUCGUUUCUUCGAAAUCAUCUGUUCUCCAAGGAAGUUUGCAAUUUUGACAAUAGUAUCAAUAGCGAUGGAGGUGGUUCAAAAUCAGUUUCUCAAAGUUUUGCAGAUGACAGUUCAGUUCUGAAGCUUUCUUCAUGGAUGAUGCAUCUCAAUUCUGCCGAGACAGGUAGUGUCGCUCACGUUGGCACCGUAAUAACUGUGAUAAGGUGCCUUUCACAAGCUCCUCGGUUGCCGACCUUGGAUUGGGGUACGAUCAUCAGACGCUGCAUGAGAUAUGAGGCUCAGGUUGCUGAGUUGUUCCAACAGAAUCAUCUCUUGAAAAAGGAACCCUAA